GAUUUCUCAGGAAGCAGACUGAACAGGAGAACAGGAACAGGGUUUGAAUCCAGAAAGAUCCUUUCUAGCACUCCUGUCCACUUACCCAGAGCACCAUGCCUAGAGGCAACAAGAGCAAGAGCCGCUCCCGGGCCAAAAGACAGCAGAUGCGGGGAGAGAGGCCUAAUAUCCAGGGUGCUCAGCCCACUGUGGAGGAGGAGGAAGCAGCAUCUCCUGCCCUUGUCCAGGGAGAUACCUCCAGCUCCCCUGAUAUAGCCACUCCUCAGGAGUCCCAGCAGGCUGCAUCCCAUAGUUCUCCUGGGUUAAAUGUUUCCCAUCCGGUCCAUGAUGUUGGUGCUGCAGGUUCCUUUGCAGGUGUGGAAGAGAGACGUACAAAUGUCUCCAUUAUAGCAGAAGCCAUCCAAUCUGCACGCAGUGAUCCUCUGACCAGGAAGGCCAGCAAGGUACUUCACUAUCUGCUGGAGAAGUACCAGAAGGAUGAGCAACCCGUGGAGGCAGAGAUGCUGAAGCUGAUCAGCCGGAAGUACAAGGUUAACUUCCCCUGGAUCCUGGAGAAAGCUGCCUAUCAGCUGGAACUGGUCUACGGUCUGGAGUUGAAGGUUGACAACCCUGCCACUCAGUCCUAUGUCCUAGUUAACAAGUUACCCAUCCUCCCUGGGGCAAAUGUGGGUGGCAGGAGAGAAUUGCCUAAGACGGGUCUCAUUCUGACCCUCCUGGGUAUGAUCUUAAUGAAGGGCAACCGUGCCACUGAGGAAGAGGUCUGGCAGUUUCUCCACCUGCAGGGGAUAUAUCCUGGGAGGAGGCACUUAAUCUUUGGGGAGCCCCGGAAUUUCAUCACCAAAGAGCUAGUUGAGCAAAAUUAUGUGGAGUACCGCCAGGUUCCUGGCAGUGAUCCCCCAACCUAUGAGUUUCUAUGGGGUUCCAGAGCCCAUGAGGAAUCCACUUCCAGGAAAGUCCUGGAAGUUUUGGAUAAGAUCAGAAAUGCCAUUCCUGGUUACUAUCCUCAACAGUAUGAGGAGGCUCUCAGUAACCAGGCUGAGAGAGCAGCAAGGAGAGAUGAGGCUGUUAGUUUCCAUCCUGCCAGGCUUCCCUCCCAUGCCCAACCUAGAAGGUCCUCCCACAUGUAGCUAGCCCUUGGUGAUAGCUGUCACUGUGCUCAAGAACAGCCAGUCUUCUGAGUAGUGGGGCAUUUAUGAGUAGGUGGGAAUACACUAAGACAGUACCUUUUGUUAUGCAUGUGGAAAGUAUACAUACCUUUCUUUGUUACAUUAAUAUUCCUGUAACUGAAGAUUAAUUUGUUUCAUAUAUGCUUCUUAAU